ACAACAAGUCAGCAUGCGGUGUAUUAACUACUGGGACCAUCCCAAUGAUCAAAUCAUAGCACCGUUUGACUCGCGUAAUUGUAUAAUCCACAAUUCUAUUUCCUUAAUGGCAAAGGUAAUAGCCAAUAUAUAAGUCACCGUAGUCUCUCAGAACUAUCUACAGCACCAUGGAGGAGCCUCUGCUAUCGGAGCAAAGAAGUGAAUCGGUUGAGAAGGAGAGUGGAAAAUGGGGCUCGUAUCAGUAUGUGGGUCGAACCGGUUCUGUGAUUCCUACUGCCUCAUUGGCUGGAACUGAGGUGAGUGUGGAUGAAAUAAGAUCUGCAGCUGCUGCUUCUUCUCCAGGUUACUAUCCCCCUUCCCUUCAUGGGGCUUUGGUUGGCUCACCUGAGCCUGAGCCUACAGAGCAAGCUCUUGUUUAUCAAGGUGGAUAUGGAGGGGAAUAUGGUCAGCCCGGACCUGAAUUCCAGAGGAAAGGCUUGGAUGAAGUAGAGAUACGACAAUUGCUCAUAGAUCAUGUUGGUCAUCAUUGCUGUUGGGGUAGUCGUCCUGCUCGAAGAUGGAAGAUUCAUGCAAUAGAAGACUGCAAUGUUUAUAUAGGAACUCUGGAUACAUUUAUAGAGGAAAGAGAGAUUAUAAAAGAGACAGAGCCAUACCCUGGUGGCAAUGUUGAUGGAAAGGAUAAUGGACCUGAACUUGGUGUUUGGGAAUUGGAUCUAAGGUCUCAGUUCCCUGUUCUAUUUAUGCCCUACAAAGAAGUGCGAGAAAAAAUUCCUCAUUCUGAAGUUCUUGAGAAAUGCUCAGUUUGUGCAGGACGAGGAAGUAUAGUCUGUGCUACAUGCAAUGCAGAACAAGAACCUGGAUAUUAUAAGGAAAAUCAGAUGACUCAAUGUCCUACUUGUUAUGGAAGGGGUUUGAUUGCUCAUAGAGAUGGUUCUGACACAGUAUGUGUGAAAUGUAAUGGUAAGGGAAAGAUUCCUUGCCUGACUUGUGAAUCUCGUGGACUAAUUAAGUGUGCAUUAUGUGAUGGAAGUGGUUCUCUUCUAGCACGCAAGUUGGCCAUUAUUAGAUGGAAGACACUUUCAACUCGGAAAGUAAAUGCAACUAGUGGAGCAGCAUCAGUGCCAAACGAGGUGUUCCAUAGAUCCAAAGGGGUUCAAUUGUGCAACACUCAGGCUUACCAAUGCACACCAGCCUUCUUUGCUGAUUCUUUUUUCCUCAACAAAUUCUCUUCUGAAGUGAUUGCAGAAAGAGCUCAAGUACCUGCCACUGCAAGGGUCAUAUGUGAGAGGCACACAAUCUCAGUUGUGCCGGUAACUCGGGUCACUAUGGCUCAUCGUCAGCGAUCCUUCAGUUUCUAUAUUAUAGGGUAUGGCAGAGAGGUGUAUUUAAAGGAUUACCCCUCUGGAUUUUGUUGGGGCUUGUGUCCUUGUUUGGAGUGGUUGAGGUUGUAGUGUUGGAACUUGUUAUCCUGGCAGCAUUGGGAAGUUGUAGGCUUCAUCAUUUCUGAGUUCUUUGUUUGUUCAGAUUUCUGUGUUUGAGGGUUGUGUGGAUGAACUUCAUCAUAUUAUCCGUUGGCUUGUAGUUGUAUGGAUCACAGCCAUGAGGUUAUAUUUUUAUGAAAUAAGGCUAAAUUCAAGUGGAGUGCAAGUGGUGAAUUCUUGAUGUUACUGUUAAUUAUUUAAAUAAAAGACAAUCUGCUCAGUUUUCUUUUAAUCAUCCAUUGGCUUGUUUGGAUUACUUUUCUAAGAUACCCAAGAAUAGUAGUGACACAAACAGCCUUUACAACAAUAGUGUACACUAUAUAUUCUUUGGCGGUUUGAUGUUAUUAAACUU